AUGAGGAACGGCCUAUCUGCAACGCUCACGGCGGCAUCGCUCUCCUCGCGAGCAUAUACCGCCCGGCUGUGUGGCAACACCACGGCUCCAUCCUCGACGUACCAGUGGCGCGUCGGCGACGCGAGGUACGAUGGCGCAGACCCCAGCAAGACCGACGGCUUAGCCACGGUGGCACUCAGCGUAGUACCAGAAGACACCAGCAGCAAUGCUGCCUUCUUCGAGUGCGUUGCGGAGUGGCCGGAAGCCUGGGCAGGCUGGUACGAGGACAGCAACAUCAUCUGGAGCGACUGCAUCUGGGCUGGGAACGGACCGACGUAUGACACGGCUAUAGCGUUUGCAGUCGAUUGGAACAAUCGCACACUAUUCGUGUCUCAUACGUUUGGUUGCUCGGAUAGAUCGGGAUCUGAUGCCCUGGCCAUAGGAGCAGCGCAUCUCGACAUGGACUGCGCCGACGUGGAUGGCAGUAGCAACUGCAUCCUGCCCACGAGUCUGAACGUCACCACCCAAGCCGCCCCAGCACGCCUUCAGACGAACCCGACCUGUACCGACAACUCGGCGAGGUACCAGUCGUGGCAGCUUGAGAACUGGACACGCCAGUACGAGAUGGUCCCUGGAUCAUCGGCUAUCACGCCCCAAUCAGAUACCGGCACCUCGUUCACGCUCAGGAACAUGGUCAACAGCGACAUGUUCAACUGCUCUCCAUCCGGAGACCAGAACGACACGUUUGUUGGCACUUGCACCCCAGCGACGGGAGGAAGCCCGACGACGACGGCGACGUUCCGGUUUGAGCCGCUGCGGGGUAUGCUCUCGAUCACGCAGCAGUGGAGUUGCAGUGACUCACCUUCGUUUGAUGCCGUGGGUGUCAGCUACGUGCAAGCGACGUGUGCUCGCGAGGGCAACAUGCUUAAUUUCACCUCGGAUCCGCUCUGGAUUGGGACGAAGACGGUCUGA